CAUAGUUUUCUCCCAUUAUCCCGAAACAGAAAAUGACCCGGGAAUUAGAACAAGAGACUAUCAGACUGCUGACCGAAUAUUUUUCUCGAGAUCCGAGGUUUGCUUUCUACGACUAUGUCGCCUCUGGAAGCUAUGGUAGUACUUAUCGUAUACAGUAUCGAGAGAAUGAGAAUAGUCAAAUCACGGAUUUCUUAAUUAAAUUGGCUCACCAGGAUGAGGACGAGGAUGACGAGGAUGAGGAUCCACAGCUAAUGAUAGAGACUGAAAGGAACUUCCUGAGGGCGAUGCGCGGCGGGGAACAUAUAUCACGACUUAUCGAAUUUAAUGAUGACCCUUUAACAGUGCACCAAUUUCCUCGAAGUUGGCUUGCACUGGAAUGGAUACCAAACGGCACUGUCAUUAAUUUUAUCAGAAAAGCAAGGGACAAAGGGGUUACUCGGCUACCUAAUCGUCUGCUCUGGAGAUUGUUCUUGUGCUUGGUGAGAGGCUGCUGCGGAAUGUCUUGGCCCAGGAAUCGUCAAGACGGCCGAACAGAAACCGAGCUUCCAAUACCCGGUGUUCCAGCGGGAGGAUUUGCACAUCGUGAUCUUCACACUUCAAAUGUUCUCUUCGGAGAUUUAGGUAUUGCCGGGGAGCACGGAAUAUCGCCGAUAAUGAAGAUCAUCGACUUUGGUCUAACGGAAAUGGCCGCGCCCACGCCUGCGAUGGCUCAAGAGGCAAUGGAUGCAAAUGUUCAAGCUAUUGGAAAAGUUAUGAUAGAACUCAUUACUCUCAAUCCUAGAAUAAUAUAUGAAAGGGAAGGUACUUUUGUGUUCAAUCACCUUGGUCAGGAUAUUGAGACGGAUGCUCACCUAAUCUUCCAAUCUGAGUUGGGUAUGUACCCACUACCUUUCAGACCGUACGAAUGGCUUGACGACUGGAUGAGGGUUCUUGUUGGCAUGUGUAGGGCCUCCCCCGCCAACGCCCAACACAUACCAAACCUACAGUCCUUGAGUGUCUGGAUACCAUAUGCAAUACGUAAUAGGGAUGCAAGGUUCUACGGCAAUAGAGAAGAAUCUGAUGUGUUUAUACGACAGCUCAUGUGUCACAUACUCUUUGACGCAUAG